CCGGAGAGCAGGGCUCUGGCAAGUCAUCUUUCAUCAACGCCAUAAGAAACCUAGCUGACGAUGAUGAAGGUGCAGCUGAGACCGAGCAGGGCGGUUCCGAGAGUCGGAUGCCAGCCUGGCCCAGGAGAUACAGAGGAUGGGGAAGAAGUUUUACUUUGUCCGCUCCAAGGUGGACAUGGACCUGCGCAGUGAAAGAAAAGGAAAAACGAAGGUCAAGGAGGAGACAGUCCUGCAGACUAUCAGAAACGAUUGCAUCAGGAACCUGCAAGAAGCAGACAUCCUUUCCCCACAGGUUUUUCUGGUGUCGAGAUGGGACUUUGAAAAGUACGAUGCUCCCCAACUUCAGGAGACCUUUUCGAAUGAACUUGACACUCACAGGAGACAUGCCAUCUUUCAUGUCCUGCUCAAAAUUUCUGAACAACCCUUAAACUGGAAGAAAGAGGCCCUGGAGCAGCAGAUCUGGAAGCAAGCCUUUAACUCAGGUGCUAUCGCUACUAUUCCUCUCCCAUUUCUCUCUGUUUGGUGGGAUGUUGGCAUCUUGGUGGAUAACGUGACUAAGUUCUGUGAGAGCUUUGGCCUGGACGACUAUUCCCUCAGAGCCCUUGAAAAGCCCAUGGGCAAAUCUAGUGAGCUGAGGACUGUGAUACAAUUCCUGCUGGCCAAAGACAGAUCAAGAGAUGAGGUUUUCAAGCUUCUGAAAGAGGCUACAGGGCAAGUUAUGAUGAUAGCUAAGUAUUUCAUCAGCAUGAUCCCAGGGAUUGGUACUGCGAUAGCCGCAGUGACAUCUUACAGAGUCACAGGCAGAUUGCUGCGUACGUUUGUGGCUCACGUUGCAGAAGAUGCUCAAAGAGUCCUGAAAAGGGCUUUGGAGGGAGCUGAGAAAAGAGAUUAACAACAGCCACAAAAGAGGAACGUACCUGAUAUCUCAUGGCAGCUGGAGAUCAGAGUCAGCCGAGGGGGAGGUGACAUUUCCCUUCAUUCUCAAAUACAGUGCAAAAAAGAAACUGUCAAAAAAAAAGAUCUCCAGACUUUGGUGUAUUUUAAAAACAAAUAUUCUUUCCUAAAGUAGGGAAAUGGGUAAAAUUGAGGUAAAGGUCUCUGAUCCCACAAUUUCUGUUAAACGCUCCGAAGGGAAAGACUCUCAGAACAAAUACUGUGUAACGAAACUUUGCUCUAUGUUAUUUAGUAAUGAUGAGUUUGCCUUGAUGGCCUGUUUUGCUAAGCAAUAACACAGCAAGGCCUACUGAAAAGUUUACUGACUGGGGUAGACAGGCCAAAUUUAUGACCUUGCUAGAUACCAGCGUGCUUGCAGAGUCUGGGGAAAAUGCUUGCAGACACUUUGUGAAGCAACUUGUACCUUUUUGAAGCUUAUCAAGAAAUAACAGUUGCUCUUUGUUUUUCUCUUGUAUGCUGGGAAAGUAUAACUGGGGAGGUACAGUGAUGACGCGACAGAGCAGCUAAUAAAACAGUUUGAAUCUGCAGAAGGGGGGCUGGUUCUGUGUGGAAAAUGGGCUUUUUCUUUGUUGAUGUGUGCAUGCAUUAAUAAAGAACUUGGUAUUUGGAUCUUG